AGUCGUGUGUUGGCCAGAUACCACAAAGUACAUUAAACCAGAUACCGCAACGCAUCAAUUGGAUUUACAAUAUAAUACUCUAAGAUUCGAUAGUUUUCAACAAUUUUUUUUUAUUCGUAGAACUGCAUUAUAUGUUAGUGCGGGUCCGUUUUUUAAAUAAAAGAUGUCUGUUAUAAGAGCAAUCGCGGUAUUCCUCUGCGGGUUCUUGUCGUUGAAACUUUGCGGAGCACAGAUUGUUUCUGUUGGAAAAUGCCCUGAAGUUAAAGCUAUGAGUAAUUUUGACGCUAAACGGGUAAGGUCAUAACAGGUUGGAGUAUAUUGCCGUAUGUAGUUGCAAUAAGGAUCUUUGUUUCUACUGUUUUAACCUGUCCGGUUACAUGUUAUUAUACUUAAGUUGUCAAUUUGCAAAAAAAAUUUCAUAAUUUUCCAAUUGUUUGUUUCACUGCGUGAAUAUAAUUUUAUUUAAAAUUCUUAGAAAGAUGAUAUCUGAGCGGACCCACACGUUUGCAUGGACUAAAACCUGCUAUUUGUUCCGCCGUAUUCCUCUGUUUACUCCCUGCUUAUUGAAAUUAGAGCAAAUUAUAUUUUUACUACAUGACCUAUCUCUACCACUGACAUGUUCAUAGGUUUAUUUUACAUAAAUUAAUAACUCUAAAUAAAAUACUAAAACUGCCCAGUUAUAACGCCGUUAUAUAAGACAUCCGACAUACAUCAUAUGUCCUUCUUAUAUUGUUCUCUAAAAAAUGGUAAACCGGUGAUCCAGUUUUAGAGGGGGAAACAAGGUAAUACGGAAUGAUUAUUUCGUAAAUUUUUCAUCAUUGUGAUUGACGUAAAUUCUCUACUACGAACGAAGCCCAUGUCUUUUAGUGGUGGGUUUACGGGCUUUUAGGGAUACACGAUAGGUAUAUACAAAACAAAAACCUUGGAGUUGUAUUGAAAAAAAAAACAAAUGUUUCGGAUUUUAUCGCGUUCAAUUAUAACUUAUAUUUAAAUCCCGAGGAGGUGGGGGUGAUUGACCUAUUAAUUUUUUUCCGACCUAUGCUGAACGAGCGUACAUUAUCUUGAAGUAAUUAAGUGGUAUACUUAAGUUUAGGUUCAAUUUUAUUAAUUAUGGGAUCCCACACAGAUGGUAGGUAGAACCUAUUGCCAUCUUCUCUAUAAAAAUUUUGAUGAUUUUUAAUACAAACAACCUCGCGAAACAUCUUAGAUAAAGAUCGGUAUUCUUUAUGUUUAUAUUUGUUAUGUUUUAUCAAAUCUUGGUGGUGGUACGAUUCUGAACAUGUUCACAUAUUGCAGAUUACCCGGAGCGUCGGUGCUUCAUGUCUGCUAUAUGUUCAUACGUAGGUGUUUUGAUCUUUUCUUUGUCUUAUGUAAUGAGGAAGAAUAAAUAAGUAUUCAUUAAAUUAGGUGGAUUAAUAAGAUUAAAUAUGGUUUAACAGUAUCGUAACAUUAAGAGAAGGGCGGCCUUUAACAAGAUAGAAUGGUGAUUUGAUUGUGAAAAUCAACUGUGUUAGUGUCUCAUCAUGACCUACGGAGGAACUUUCUGACAUUCUUUGAGGGAGGCCAUGAUAAAGCAGUGGACCUGUUAUGAACUUAAUUAUGAUAAUGCUUAAUUCUUUCUUGAUGUAUUAUCCUUUCUUACGUAUUAUAAUGCUUAAUUCUUUCUUGAUGUAUUAUCCUUUCUUAUGUACCAGUAACAUUCAUUGCUAUGCGGACGGUAGCACUGGUGAUGCUUUAUACACCGGCCGUGCCAAUAUUUCUCGGGAAAACGUCGCCGAGUACCGGAACAAACUUGUGUCUGAAGUCGAGACUUUGUUGAACAAAGUCUCAGACUGGGGUCGACUAAAUCUAGUCCAGUUCAAUCCCCAGAAGACACAAGUUUGCGCGUUUACCGCUAAAAGGAACCCCUUUGUCAUAUCUCCUCAGUUUCAAGGCACUCCCCUUGUUGCCUCAGCCAGUAUCGGGAUCCUCGGUGUCGACAUAUCGAGUGACGUGCAGUUUCGUGGUCACUUGGAAGAGAAGGCCAAAUUGGCCUCUAAAAAGCGGGACAGUAUUUCAUGCCGGCACACUGCUUGCAACUUUACAAGGCGCAGGUUCGGCCUCACAUGGAAUACUGUUCCCAUCUCUGGGCAGAGGCUCCCCAGUGCCAGCUCCUUCCACUUGACCGCAUCCAGCGCAGAGCGGUUCGAAUUGUCGACGACCGAGUUCUUUCCGAUCGGCUUGACUCACUGGCACUGCGUAGAGAUGUUGCAUCUAUUUGCGUAUUUUAUCGCAUCUAUCACGGGGAGUGCUCUGAGGAAUUGCUCGGACUAAUACCAGCCGCCGAAUUUCACCAUCGCACAUCGCGACAAAACUCGCGAUACCAUCCAUACCAUCUGGAUGAUUGGCGGUCCACCACUGUGCGAUUUAGAAGAAGUUUUCUCCCUCGCACAACUGCCUUGUGGAAUCGAUUACCAUCAGCGAUUUUUCCGGACCGAUACGACUUAGAGACCUUCAAGAAAAGAGCCUACUCCUUUUUAAAAGGCCGGCAACGCAUCUGCAAUUCCCCUGGUGUUACAGUUGUUUAUGGGCGGCGGUAGUCACUUACCAUCAGGUGAGCCGCAUGCUCGUUUGCCCCAUCUCCUAUAAAAAAAAAUUAUGUAUGGUGGCGAUGUAAGAGAUAGAGAUUCUAUCAAACAAGGUAUAUCGACACGUGGGUGUCGUAAGGGCGACUAUGAGAAAUGCGAGAAAGAUUUUGGGAUCCCCGAUAGAUGGCGGUAUAACCAUUUUGUAUAUUACACCAGGCGUAAAUUACCCUGAUAGGUGAGAAGGAGCAACGUCGGGUUCAUAGAUUACUGUAUGUCGGGUUCUAGGAUCACCAGUCAGUCUGGCAAGCAUGGCAAUUAUGAUUACUAUGUACUAUGUCUAUGCCUAAUAUAGGUGAGACCCAUGUCAAAUAGCAGCCUGUUACUUUUAUGUAAAUAACAAGAUAAAAUGUUUAUUUUGAUUAAUAUAAAAAAUAUUUGCUUUUUUAUUUUUAACAGUACUUAGGAAGGUGGUACGAAGCGGAAAAAUAUUUUGCAUUUUUCGAAUUGGGUGGCCGAUGCAUCACAGCAGAUUAUGGUGAAAAGAACGGCGUUAUUACUGUUAGUAACAAGCAAAUUAAUAAUAUCACUGGAAAAAGAACCGGAAUCGAAGGUUACGCUACUCUUGAUAGUAACACGGGGGAGGCCAAACUCUUGGUGACUUUUCCGAAAAUGCCGGUCAGCAUCCCGGCACCAUAUUGGGUCAUCGACACGGACUACGACAACUAUGCCGUCGUGUGGGGCUGUAUUGAAUUUGGAAAUGUUAUUCAUGGACGAAACGCAUGGAUACUUACGAGGCAACGAAACCCACCAGCGAGCGUCUUAAAGAAAGCGUAUGAAGCUAUAAAAGAUAACAGAAUCGAUCAAUCUCAUUUCUUAAAAACAGAUCAGACCAACUGUAUAAUUGAAGACAGUCAAUAGCUUAGCAAUUUAUAUUUAUAUUAGUAUACGUGGUAGAGCCAUGCUGCAGUUAUAUUAGUAGUAUAGUUGUAGCACGAAUGGGUCGGCUCGAUCGGUAAAGGACCACGCUCUCACAGAAUACCAGCGUAAAAUAGUAGCAUAAUGCUGCUGUUUCGUAUGGUGAGUGUAGAGAACCGGAGACCCUUUUUACUGGAAACGAGGCAUUCCACCGUAGACCUCACGGGUGACAACGCAUCUGCAUUUUGAUCGUAAUGGAAGAUAGAUAUAGAUGUGUAUGGGCCACAGCAACCUCUUACCAUCAGGUGUACUGUGUGCUCGUUUGUCGCCCUAUCCUACAAAAAAAAAUUAUGUAAAAAUAUUUCCACUUCUACGUCAGUAGUGCCUUACAAAAAAUAAUAUUUUCUUAGCAUUUAAUAUACAAAAAGAAAUGAAUAUUAUUAUUAUUGGAUAUAAUAGGAGGAUAUGUCGUUUUUCUCUACCAUAAAUUGUAUUAUUUAGAGAUUAUUCAAAUUAAUAUUAAAAUACAGUUAUAAUUGUUACAAAGAGAAUUAAAUAUAGUAUUGUUAAAGU